CUGCCUGGGCUGCGCGCGCUUCCGGGACUGCGGGGCGGAGCCGGGCUGCAGCGGGGGCUGCGUGCAUGCAUGCAUGGCUGCGCUCUACGGCGGCGUGGAGGGGGGGGGCACCCACUCCAGGGUGGUCCUGCUGUCGCAAGAUGGCACAGUUCUGGCGGAGAGUGAGGGGCCCUGCACCAACCACUGGCUGGUCGGCUCAGACAAAUGCCUGGAACGGAUCGAGGCCAUGGUCCGCGAAGCAAAAGGGAAGGCGGGUGCCGACGAGCAAGUUCCAUUGCACUCCUUGGUGAGUGUCCUCUGUUCUGGCUUUCUGCAGGUCUCUGACAGGAUGGGCCUUCUGACACACCUCUACCGCACCUUUGAGAAGUCCAAGUUCGCGGGAUUUUGCCAGAGGCUGGCAAAAGGAGCGCAGGCUGGGGAUCCCUUGUGUCAACAUGUUUUCAACAAGGCCGGGGCAGUCUUGGCACGACACGUCGUGGCUGUGUUGCCAAAAAUCGACAAGAGCCUUUUCCAGGGCAAGCUGGGGCUGCCGAUUUUGUGCGUGGGGUCGGUGUGGAACAGCUGGGAGAAGAUGAAAAACGGGUUCGUCAGCGUCUUGGGUGAACACUGCUGCAGCACUUUCUCCAGAUUCAGCCUCUUGAAGCUGAAACAGUCGUCUGCCCUGGGUGGGGCGAGCUUGGGGGCCAAGCACAUCGGGCAAGCUGUGCCCUUGGACUACGCUGCCAACGUGGACGUCUUCUACACACACUCCUUCUCCUGAGAGCCCUCCCAAGAGGGCCCUCUUAGCUCUGCUUGACAAGGAACAUAUGUUGGGACUUUUUUAAGAGGGGGGGGGGGAUGAGGCAAGUUUCUUAAAUUCCACCAAUAAAAAACUUAAUUUUU